AUGUCCUUCUCCUCACUUGUACAAGACAUCGCAUUCCGCGACCCCUCGCAACAGAAUCCUCGUGCCAGCGGCAGCACCAUAAACAGCAACACCGAUGCCCAAUCCACCAUCUCGCGCAGGUCGCAAGCUCGGUCAUAUCAAUCUACUGCUGCCACGAGCGUGAGCAUCGCAGGCGACAUCUCGAGUCAAUUGCACGCCGGAUACAGUCAUCCGCUGUCAAGAGCAUGGCAAGCUGAGAGACAGUUAACCAAGUCAAUGCUCAUAUACCCUCUUUUCGUCACUGACAACCCUAACGAAGUCACUCCGAUCCCCUCCCUACCGAAUCAAAACCGCCUCGGCCUGAACAAACUCGUCUCAUUCCUCACCCCUCUUGUACAAAAGGGCCUCCGCUCCGUUAUUCUCUUCGGCGUGCCCCUCGCACCCACCGCAAAAGAUGCACUCGGCACCGCCGCCGACGACCCGGAAGGGCCAGUCAUUCAAGCAAUCCAGCUCCUCCGCCGAAACUUCCCACAACUCUUCAUCGUCGCGGACGUCUGUCUCUGCGAAUACACGUCACACGGGCACUGCGGCAUCCUGCGCGACGACGGCAGCCUCAACAACGCCAUGUCGGUGGAGCGGAUUUCCGACGUCGCCAUGGCCUACGCCCAAGCCGGCGCACAUUGCGUCGCCCCCUCUGACAUGAACGACGGCCGCAUCCGCGCCAUCAAGCUGAAACUCAUCGAGGCCGGCCUCUCCCACCAGGUCAACCUGAUGAGCUAUGCCGCCAAAUUCUCCGGCGCCCUGUACGGGCCCUUCCGCGACGCGGCAGGCUCGUGUCCCAGCUUCGGCGACCGGAAAUGCUACCAGUUGCCUCCCGGAGGACGCGGUCUCGCGAGACGGGCCAUCGUUCGAGAUAUCCAGGAAGGUGCGGACAUCAUCAUGGUCAAGCCCGCGAGCUCAUACCUGGACAUCAUCUCCGAUGCGAAGGAGCUCGCCAAGGAUAUGCCCGUCGCGGCGUAUCAGGUGUCCGGCGAAUAUGCGAUGCUUCACGCGGCAGCCAAGGCCGGUGUGUUCGACUUGAAAACCAUGGCUUUCGAGAGCACCGAGGGGAUUCUGCGCGCUGGUGCUGGCAUCGUCAUCAGCUACUUCACACCUGAUUUCCUCGACUGGUUGAGCGCAUAG